UCGGAACUACCGUGCCGAGAGCGCGAGGUGUUCGCCGUUCUGAAUCUCUGAACCCCGGGAAGCUAUACUCGACCUCAGCACGCGACACUCCACUGGUGUGUGCUUGUCGUCCAUCGUGGAUGAGCCUGGAAAGCGACCGAGUCGAACGCCUUUGAACCAAUAUACUCUCUUCAGAGUAUUCGCAUCAUCAUCUUGAAGGGAAAUUCAGAGUGCCACAAUGGAGGCGGUGGACACGGAGACCGCGAGCUGCGUGCGUCGUACGCUGAUUGUGGAACAACCUACCGUUCCCCCAGACGGUGGCUGGGGCUGGGUCGUCGUCUUUGCUGGUCUUAUCUGCCAUUUGGUCAUUGACGGUAUCGUCUACAGCUUCGGUAUCUUCUUCAACGAUUUUCUUCAAUACUAUGGCGAGGGGUACGCCACGACUUCGUGGAUUGCGUCAAUCCUUAUAGGUUCCUACCUCAUCUCCAGCCCAAUCGCGAGUGGUCUGACGAUCAGGUACGGCUGCCGCCGCAUCUCAAUCGUGGGCGCCUUUCUCUCAGCCUUUGGCCUCUUCAUCAGCAUCUACUCGCCCAAUAUCGUCUGCAUGUUCAUCACUUUUGGCUUCAUCACUGGAACCGGCUUUGGCUUCACCCUACUACCUGCCGUUGUAUGUGUGACCUCUUAUUUCGACAAGAGGCGAUCCCUGGCUACGGGCAUAACCGUUUGCGGUUCGGGCCUUGGCACGUUCAUCAUGGCACCCCUCUUGGGUACCUUACUGGAACUUUAUGGUUGGCAGGGUGCCCUCAUCAUAGCGUCGGGGCUCUCGCUGCAGUGCGUGGUUGCAGGAGCUCUGCUGCGUCCCUUGCGACCCUCUCAAUUCUGCGUCGUCAGCCAGUCGUCCGAAUCAUCCGUAGCUACCAACAAUACGCGCCACAGGCCUUUGCCAGUAUACGAUGUCACCAACAAAGUGGACCCGGAGACGACCCGGCCCUGCAUGACACUCAACCUGAUUCCCGACGAAGAACAGCCCGACACACAAAGCUUCCACUCACACAUACGGCUACGAAAGGACCUCUUCUUCGAGGCGUCGCUACCGGACGACUAUCAGCCCACCGUCUCCUUUUUCUCCACUGAGAGCACCGCGCUAGAAUCAUCCCGCAAAGAGUCGCAGGUUGUACAGCUUGUGGAUAACAGAAACCGUUUCCUUAGGUUUAUCUGCUCGUAUGAAAUGGCAGCGGCCUUCGAGGAGAUGAUGAACUUCCAACUCCUUAGGAAUCCUCUGUUCGCAAUCUUUGCCCUGUCUCGGGUCUGCUGCGGUUUGGGCUACACCGUGCCUUAUCUGUUCAUCAGGAACCACGCGAUUGACGCACUGCGACUUGAAGAGAUGCACGCCAGUACUUUGUUGUCCGGGUUGGGCAUCAGCAACGUCAUGGGUCGUGUGCUGGUUGGGCUGCUGUCCGACAAAGCGGGAGAUCAGCGGGUGUGGCUCUACAUUGCGUGCGUCAUGACCUGUGGCUUGUCCACCGUGCUCUGCGUCCUGUGCACCAGCUACGACUGCCUGCUGGCUUACUGUAUCGUCUACGGGGCGGCAGGCGGUGGCUUCAUUACCAUCAGUACCGUUUUCAUUGUGGACCUAGUGGGCAUGGACCACCUCACCAACGCGUACGGUCUGAGCCUGCUGAGCCUCGGGGUUGCUGCCCUCGUCGGCCCACCAAUUAAUGGAUGGAUCCAUGACAUAACAAACUCAUACGUGCCAGGCUUUAUGUUUGCUGGAGUGAUGCUGUACGGCGCGGGGGUGCUUCUGAUCUCCGUACCAUGGUUGCAGAACCGUACCGUAAAACAGCAGCGGAGGAGAGUCAGCUUCUCCGCUGAUGCUUGAUACCUGUCAUUUUCGGUGGCCUCCAUUAUUUGGAAAACUAUACAAUGAGAAAAGAGGUCAUGCAAGUGCUCGUGCCGUGUUUCUGCAAAUUAGCACGGACAGUGUUUGCAGGAAGACCACGCUGUACUGAUUUGAAAAAUACAUAUAUAGUUUGUUACU